GCAGCAGCAGCCACACGGAUCCGCUGAAGCUCCUUCAGUCCGUCCUUCCUCUCUCCGGUUCCUCCGCUCCAUGUUCACGUUUGUUUAUGUCGCAGCGGCUCGGUCCACGGUAGAGAAGCCCGGCAGACGGCGGCGGGAUGUCGGCGCUGAAGGAGCGGCAGAGCUACGGGCUGUCCAGCGGUAGACUGAGCGCUGGCGGCAACGUCUCCGUUUUUCAUGUCAAACUCACUGACAGCGCGGCAAGAGCUAUCGGUAGCUUUCAGAGCGGCAAGGGCUGCUCUUCCCAUCCCACCAUCUGUUUUAGUGGCAAUAAAGGGAAAAUCACCAUCCCGUGUUCAGAGAACAGAGAUGAAGUGAGGAUUUUCACCUUUGGCGUGACUAACGUUGCCCGUGACAAUCCACAUGGAAGCUUCGAUUGCGUCAAACAGCUCAGCACUGGUGCUGCCGAGGAGCUGUCAUGUCUCGGGGUGAUUCAGAAGAAGAUGACAGUGAACGCUACAGAUGACUCGUACGAUAAAGCUCGUCAGAGCAUGGCCCAAGCUGAGGAGGAGACACGCAGCCGAGGGGCCAUUGUCAUCAAACAUGGAGGGCGUUACCAGGGCAAGAAAGUUACCGUGCGAGCCCCGACCCCUGCGCUGGCCAGCCUGACCAAGCCCAAACAAUCCUCGUCAGCGUCCCUUCUGGGCAGCAUUAAGAAGGGUGUCGGCACGUCAAAGCUGAAGAAAGGUGCCUGUACAUCGACCAGGAAGAGCGCGGAGGAGGUGCAGGAGAGGCCCCUGAGGGAGAGAGUCACUCACCUGCUGGCUCUGAGGCCGUACAAGAGGCCCGAGUUGAUCUUGAGGCUUCAGAAAGAUACACUGACAACAGGAGACAAAGAUGUGCUGGACUCGGUUCUGACGGAGGUCGGCCAGCUCAACAGAGACAACACGUUUGUUCUGAAGGACAAUCUGUACAAGGAGCUGCAGAAGGACUGGCCCGGCUACACCUCAGGGGACCAGCAGCUUCUUAAACGCAUUCUCGUCAGGAGACUGUUUCAACCUCAGCAGAACCUCCUCGCUGUCCCCGAGGCCCAGGUCAGCCCGCUUCGAGACACCCCCAACUCCUCACCAGCCCACCGUCCAAAACACUCGCUGCCAGAGGAAUACACCGACCCCCUGGCCAACAAGAAGCCCCGGAUAUCCCGCUUGUCGGGCAAAACGGCCAACGACAAGUCGAGAUCGAAGCCGUCUGAACAAGCGGCUUGCAAAGACUCUUCAAAAGCGACAGCCGAUGACGGACAAAGGAACUCGCUGGAUCCUAAAAGACUUUUUGACACCUUGUCGGCAGUUUGUAAGCAGGAAGAAGAGGUGGCUAAAAGGUUAGAGCCAACUCUUCCUCCUGCCCAGGUGAAGACUGAGGACUCUGCAGUUUUCGCUAAACCUAACUCCGAUCGCCCCCCAUCCCCUCUGGUAGUACCUGAACUCAGCAAACACGCUAUCAAGAAGAAAAAGAGCAAACACAAACACAGAGACCACGAUAAGGAUCGAUGGAGAGACAAGAGAGAAAGGAGGAAAGAUCACAGGUCAGAGGAUCCAGACUUCAAAGUCUCGGCGGACUGUACAGAGCCAAGUGACAUUUUGUUUGACUCUAAAGUGUUUGAAGUGGACAGCAGCACACCAGACUACAUAACAAAGUACGCGGUGAUUGGCAGCCUCGACCAGAGGCAGAACUACAAGCAGGACUUCAACAAGGAAUACAGCGAGUACCGAGACCUGCACGCUCGCAUCGACGGCGUGACGCGGCAGUUCAUGGAGCUGGACACGCAACUCAAGCGGCUUCACCACGAGUCCCUUAAAUACAAGACGGUUCACAAUCAAAUUGUUCAAGAGUAUCGCAAAAUUAAGAAGUCCAACCCCAACUACAACCAGGACAAGGUUCGUUGUGAAUAUCUACACAACAAACUGGCCCACAUCAAGAAGCUCAUAUCGGAGUACGACCAGCAGCAGCUCAAAGUGGACCGUUCCAGCGCCAACUGAAGAAACCUCGCCGAGAGACGAGUGAACUUAUCGAGUACAGUAAACAUCCCGAGGCAAGGGAAGGAUCACGCUGCUGAGCUGAAUGCCGUCGAGCUGGAGUCUACGGCUGAACGCGGUCUCACGAGAGCUGCUGUAAAUGUCAGCGAGGUUGGGAGACAUUUGUGGAGACCAGCUGUGCAACAGUAAUGGUGGGGGAAAGAAAACAAGCCCUUUAAUAUGAGACCUUUUCUUUGAAACUGGUUUGACCGAAGGGCUACCACUACAGCAACAUGAUCCGGGCACAAGGUGACAAUAGUUUUUACAAAAGCCCUUAAGCUCUUACGCUUGAAACUGAAGACGGACGUGGAGAUGAGGUGCUAAACGUUAUUUUAAAAAAAACAACAAAAACAUUUUGUAGAUUCCGAUUCUCGUCACACAUUUUAUUUUUUUUGUGAAAUCAAUUUGAGUAUUUGCUUAUGUGUUCUGUCGGUGUUCACGUUUUACGGUGGAAGCAUGAGAAAACUGUACAUAAUCACAGGUGAUGGUCACUUCUGAUGGCAGCUGGGAUGCAGAUGUGUCCUGAGAAGACAUCUGUCCAUCAGUGUUCUGUGGGUUUGGAGAGAUUAUCGGUGUUCGUUUGGCCGUCCGUUCAGGCCGACUGAGUCCUGAGUUUAGCCAGUGCCUCAAAUUGUUCCUUAAUUCUGGACUGAAAUCAUAGUAUUCUACUGGUGUUAUUGCUUCACGUGGUGUUCCAGGGUCACAACAGACUGUUAGGUUGAUCAUAAUGUGAACUUAAAGUUGUAUUCAGGGAAUGUACAGUAUGAGCGUCAGUCAAAGUGUAUAUUGAAUCUGGUUUUAAUCAUCAGGUGGAGGAACGUUGUGGGAUUAUUGUUCAUGUAGGAUGAGACGGUAUAGAAUCGAGAAACAAAGGUUUUGUGGCAUGCUGUGUACUUUACAGAAAGCAUGAUGAAUAAAUCAAGAGAUUUUGUCUGAGUUCCAAAUAAAUCCAUUUGUAUUGA